AUGGAUAGAGCGAUGGGCAAGGAAACGGCUAUCCGACCGGGCAAGAAGGUCACUGUGCACUUUCGGCGGAAGCACAAGUCGAAAGAGGACGAGCUACAGCGGAUUAUCCAGCUCGCGGCAGCUGCUGCAACGACAGUUGCUAGUACCGGUGGGCUUGUAGACCCAUACAUGGCAGAUCUUCCGGCAGAUGACAACACUCCUAUCCAGCAGCUUGCGGUCCAGGAGGGGCUCUGCUGUAGCGAGUGUUGGUAUCUCACAAUAAGCCAGCAGCUCAUGUCGCAGCACUGGAUUGCGAACCAAGAAGACAGCAGUGCCGAGGAUGGACGCCCACAGCACGAUGGCCUCAGUAGCUGGACCGAGGAGCACGACGUGGGGCUGGGACCGGAUCCCGGACCGCAGGCGGGGCGGGAGUCGUUGAUUCACGACGGCUGGGAGACCCACAUAGCCGCGUACGAGGCUAGAAUCACCGCCGAGGAUGUGGAGCGUUGCCGAACGAUCGAUCACAAGCCCGGCAUCGACUUCGAAUCGCCAUUAGGUCCCGUCUGCCAACUUCCACUUACACGUGCCAACCGGACCAUCCGAACUGCUUGGCUUCAUCUUCCUCUGCCGGCCCUGACGCUCCUUUUCCUCACGACAACCCGGUCCUCGCGAAUGCCUCUUGCGCCCAACAGCAGCGCCAACAUCGCCUCCAAGUGUGCCGACACACUGCUUUGCUGGCUGCGCACCCUCCCGCUGUGGGCCCUCGUCAUUGCCCUCGUCCUCCUCGGCGCCCUGCGUUCCCGGCUCGUCGCCUUGUUCACCAGCCGGCGCAGCGAGUCUCGUCGAGUACCCAGCACAGGCGGCGGCGGCAGCGGCGGCGCUACACGCAAGAUCAGCUAG